AGAUCCGGGUCUCGUGGCGGCUGACGUGUGAGCCGGCCCCAAGCAGCGGGGCCGAGCCGCGGGGCCGCCUCAGCGAGUCCGCCCGCCCCGUCCGCGCAGCGCCCCGCGGCCCUCUCUCCCUCCGCGGCCCCGCGACGGCGGCCGGAGCACGGUGUUCACAGAAAAGUUCAGGUUUAUCCAGAGAACCAUGGCAGAGGGUGGAUUUGAUCCUUGUGAAUGCAUUUGCUCGCAUGAACAUGCAAUGAGAAGACUGAUUAAUCUGCUGAGACAAUCACAGUCGUACUGCACAGACACAGAAUGCCUUCAGGAAUUGCCAGGACCAAAUUUCUCCGGUGACAAUGUUGUCAGCUUUGCCAUGGUAGUGAUGGCCUGGGUUGUGAUUGCAUUCGUCUUGUUCUUACUGAGACCUAGUAAUCUGAGAAAUUCCAGCACAGCCGGAAAGCCCACCAGCCCACAUAAUGGACAAGAACCACCAGCCCCACCACUGGACUAGAGCUUUCAGUAUCAGAGAAGUUCAGCAGCUAAAACCUUGCACGACCAAAUGAACGAAGUGACCAGAUUACUGCAAAACUCCCUUCAAUACUGUCGUUUUCUCAUUUAUAUAGUGCAGAAUUACCAUUCAGCAGUUAUGUUCAUGAACUACUUUUAGCUACUUCAAUUUUGCUUUUAUGUUACUACAAUUCCUAGUAGAUCAUAAUUUGAAUAAUGAUGAGGCAUUGCAGGGUUUUCUGGUUGUUAUCAUAACUGCGGACAUUCCACUCAUUGUCUUUCUGUUACAGCAAUCUUAAUUUCUUUGCAGUGGUUUCUGAUAUUCAUUGAAAGAAAAUUAAAAUUCCUGUGCAUCUAUAGUAAUGGGAAUUAUUACUGAUCUUUCUUCAGAUAAAUCCAUAUUUUUUCUCCAUUAUACUUUUAAGAGUUGCAUUAUAGUCACAACUGUUAUUUUACAGAUGUGGUGAAAAGCAAAGAAAUUAUUUUGUAUUUGCCCUGGUCCUUGGACCACUAAUGUAGUUUUCAGGGCUGUUGGCCAAAGCACGAAUUUUCCACUAGAAUUAAAUAAUGUGCAUGUGUAUGUGCACGCAAAGAAGUGAAUGUGAUAAUUGCCACUGUCAAAGCUUAGACAUAUGUAUUGAGAGCUGUACAAAAAACAGGAUACCACCAAAAAUUAAUUUAAUCAUGUUCUUUAGUAAAUGAUAUAUCUUAUUCAAUAUAUUGUCAAAAACAUAUAUUCCAAAACCAGAUUUGUUUACUUACUGAAUUUAUGAAAAGAAAAAUCUAAGUGAGAAGAACUUGGUAGAAUUUUCUGUCCUUCUUUAGUCUUUUAAUAAUCAGUAUCUUAAGUUUUUAUCCAUAACAUAACGUAUAUUGAGCAGGAUGAAUUCAUACCGAGAGGUUACCAAUUUCUGGUAUACAAAACAUUCUGGAUGUUCAGGUUUUUUCACCUGUAUGUUAUCAGCUAUUCCUAACAUUUCAUCCCUACUACUGGUUGUAAUUGUAGAAUAACGAAAUUGCAGGUGACUACGUAUGGCAUGUCUUUUCCCUCUAAUACUUGUGUGUAUGUGUGGUGUGAUUAUGCGUGUGUAUGUGUGGCUGUGCGCGUACAGGUGCACAUCUCCCAUUAUAGCAAAUGGGAAGGAAUUUUUUAUGUACAUUAAUUUAAGAACAUUUUAAAGAUGUACAGAAAAGCAACACUGUAUAUUUUUCUUGAUCAAUAUGAAAAAAUGAUGAAAAUAACAUAAAGAACAUUUUUAUGUUACCAACACAAAGCUUCUUUCCAUAACGGUCAGUAGAGCAGAUAAAUGGGGAUUCAAGGCCUUACUCUAGAAACCUUUUUUUUCCUUGAGGACUUUAGUUGUGGAGCUGAAAGGACUAACUGUUCAUAUGCAUAAAGGUUUGUAUUAAUGGGCUCUCACAAAAAUCUCAUUUCAGAUCCCAUGGUUGGUAGACACAGAUUUUUCCUCCUCAGGGCAAACGAUGGGCCAGCUGAGCCUCCUCGCAAAGGAGCAGUGCAGACCUGAAGAACAGCCUCUGUAACCUUAUGUAAUUGCCCUUUAAAUUUCUUUGGAAUAGUGUGCUCCCAAGCACCCCAGUACUUGUUAAAAAUCCAAACAAAUAAGUUCUCUCAGUGACAGAGAUGCAGUGCUGUGUAAAGCAAUGGAGUUGCAGCAGAGAAACAGGGAGUUUGUUCUGUUGUGUCUAAAGGUGUCCAGGCCACAAACACUGUGUAAAAAUGCCACUGGGACAAACAGUCUGACUGUGCUUGCUCUUUGCCUUCCUAGUACAUUUAUAAUUUGGAUGCUGUUUGGAACAGAAGUAGUAGUACAGAAUCAUUUUGUUGAACCAGAAAGAAGUAUGCAUUAUCGGCUACACUGACCUUUUCUCCAAGAAUUUUUGGCCAGAAUCCUUCACUACUGGAUGCAGAAAACAGGUUUCCAAUUGAUUUAAAAAAAAACCACCAACAACAAAAACCAACUACUGAAACAGGCUUCAUUUCAGCCAGAGCAAGCCAUUCCUCAUCCUGCUGGAGGCUGGUGAGAUUUAUAGCAGAUGCUCCUCAUUCAUGAGCAUCAUUAUUGCUUUUCUUAAAUGUCCAUGGAUGUAUUUAUGAACCUCACUGUGUGCUCCCAACUCUAGUGGUCUUGGCAAACAAACUUUUGGUUCAGAGUAGUGUUGUGUUUUACUUUUAAAUGAAUUGUCUUUGCUUGAAAUUCCUCUGAGUAAUUGUCCCAGUGAUUUUAUGUCUGUAUGCUUUCCUCAUAAAAAUUGCUAUUUUAAAUUUUCUAUGUAAAAGAAAAACAUUGGAAAUAUUUUAUUGUGAAAUAUUUUACUAAAGAGCCAGGCCACUAUCCCAAAUCAAAAUGUAUGCCUUUAAAUUCUGAUAUUUUCUCUAAACAUAACCUCCAGAUCACCACUCUUAAUUAAAAAAUGACUAAUGAUAGGACUGUUUUGCCACUCUUAUUCAUGUUAAGUAGUGCCUUACUCAUCUGGUAGUUGCACUGAAGUUUGUGGAACUACUCUGAGAUAAUGUACUAGUAGCAGCUUUAGUAAGAGUGGCAGAAAUCUGGCCUUUAGUGAUGUAGUUUGCAAUGGCAUAACCGUGUUAUCUUGGUUCCAGGUGCUUAUGAUAAAUUUUGAAAAGAAAGGCAGAAGAGAUAAGUGGGAUGCAAAGCUUCAGGUAUGAUUAAUUCUGCAAUAAGGGUUUUAAGCUCAGUUAGUAAGAGACACAAGUUGUAGCAACUUGGGAAAUGUGGAGGAAAGUUUACAAUUAUACCUUCGCUUAGAACUUUGUUAAAACAAUAGUAUUUUUAGAGUCUGCUUAACACAAUUAUUAUACUCUAAAAUGAGAAAUUGUAUGUAUUCAUGUAUUGUCUGCAGAUCACUUAACCUUGUAAUGUUCACUAUUGAAAAAGGAAGAGUGAUGAUGUGAUGUAUCUAAUGUAAAUCGGUGGUUUAAAAUGUCUGAAUUAUGCCAAACAAAAAAUCAUCUGUGCCAUUUGCGGUUUCCUAGUAAUCUUUUACUGAGUACUUGGAUUGGGAUAAAGGGCUUGUACUAUGCACUUUUUAUUGACUUAACAAAAUAAAUAGCAAUCAUUAGUAA